AUGAAUGAAGUGAGCUUAAUUCAAAUCUGUGAUACAACCUUCAGUGAAUCGGAAGUUGAUGCAGCGAAGGCUAUAGUGUUUGACGCGAUAAAUCAAAGGAGUGUACCCAGAAAAGGCGAGCUUAAGAAGAGAAGGUGUCUGCAAGACAUCAUAAAGGUGCUAAAGGAGACUGAUCCGGAGUCACUUCCUAGCUUCGUUGCAAAGGAUCUCCAUCGCCUCCCACCGGUGACGUUUGAUCACGUGGAUGCUACCGCACUUUUGAAAGACAUUCUUAUCCUGAAGCAGGACGUCUCAACUAUAAAGUGUGAUUACGCGCGGGAAUCAGCUGUUAGCGAGGUAUGUGCAGAUCUAGCGGAGCUUCGAAUCCAGCUUAAACAGCUCCAGCAAGCUACGCAGCCCGCAACUGGGCCGUCCCUUAAAGGAAAAAGGCAUAAAAAAUCUAAAGUUAACUCAACCUCGAAAACUGUUAACAAUUUAAAGUUGCAGGUAAUAGAAAAAACAGUUAGUGCGCAUGACGCAUUCCUUGCCACUGUUCCGUCGCUGCAAUCGACGUCAGUAGCACGUACCGAUCGCGAAUUGACUACGGUCUCGCAAGAGGAGCGCGUAUUGAGUAGCACUCUCUUAGGCGACAAUUUUGACUCCACAUCAGCAUCGAAUGAUAGCUAUAGAACGGUCGUGAAUAAGAAAAAACACCGUAAGCAACAAAAGAGAGCACCUAAUCAAAGAGGAGUAGCGAAGCUAACUUCUAAUACAAUCAAGAUUGCGCCCCGACUGUCGUAUAUUUAUGCUUCACGUUUCCACGAGAACACUACUGAACAAGAUAUUACGAAUUUUAUAUCUGAGAGCGGCUACACAGUACAAAAAGUUGAAAAGCUAAGUCAAUUUAAGAAGACCUCUUUCAACUCUUUUAAAAUCACUGUUCUACAAGAACAAGAGGUGGUCUUCUUGAACAAUAAUUUUUGGCCUAGUGGGGUUGAAUAUAGAAAGUAUAGAUAUUAUAGAGGGCCGACUGUAAUAUCAUAA